AUGAAUAACAGUGAGAAGACCUAUAGAAAGAAACAAGAGAAAAUCAUGGUUAAAUCCAAGGAGAUCCGUUAUGAGAAUGUGGUCAGGACUAACAUGGAAGGGAAUACAAUUAAUGUGGACCAACAUAUUGAGAAAAGAUCCCAAUAUAUCUUGUACGAAGAAGAGAAUGAAACAAAUCCUGAAGAUGGCAUUCUGAUAUCCCUUCUCGUCGUCGCAGUCUCACCUGUGCCAUUGCAACCACCGCCCCCCUCCCGGCAGAAAGUUCCGACGCUCGCAUUAUCUCCCACUGACGCCGCCGUGGUUCCCCGCACACACCACCGUCACCUUAAAUUGUGGCCCUUGUUCCUCCGUAUUCUGGUGAUCUCCGAUCCCCCACUUCCUGGUGUGCCCCCCCUUCCUGGCCGGCAAGAAUUCCAGGCACCACUGCAGCAGAUUCCGUUGACGCACCAGCCUAUUCUAAUUGCGAUGCGCCAAGACAAAGGCAUAGCCAACCAAGCUGGCAAGUAUGCCCGCUGCUUGAUCCCAAUCCUCUUCGCGCAUGGCCUUCUUCAGUCCAUUCUCAUGUUCUUGCAAACCCAAAGCAUUGUCUUCCCAAUGGUCAUAACCUCUGCACUUACGGCGCUGUUCCACAUCCUUCUCUGUUGGCUUCUUGUAUUUUGGGUGACUUGUGUCGGCGUGUGGCAAGCCAAGCAAUGACGGCAAAGUGGGAUGAUUAUUGAUGAAGGUAGGGAUGACAGCUGGUUGGGGAAAAAAAAGGGUAUUGAAGUGAAAUGUUUUGAUAA